GGGCAGCUCCACCCCCCUCAGCCGGGACGUGCUCCACAAUGCACUUCUCCUGGCCACUAAUGGCACCCGCUCCUGGGUGGAUGGGCUCUCCUUGCCCCCUGAGGAGGAUGCGGAUCUCGAUGAGGACGAGUAGGAUGACGACUACACCGGCGAGGAUGAUGAUGAUGAUCAUGAUGAUGGCAGGGCCUUGGAUGCCGAUGAGCCGGAGCCCCCACUCUCUCCACCAGGGGACCUUCAGCCACGACGGAGAUAAGAGAGAGGCGAGUCCUCCUCCGGUCCUUCUGGUCCGUCGAUGGACUUCUUCACGAAGCAGUUCCAGCAAAUGGGGCUCCAGUUCCUGCAGCUCGGGCUUCAGAACCAGCAGCUUAUGGACUAUCAGGUUCCAGUUCUACCAGCAGUAUUCGGCCCACCGGGCCAAGUACCAAUCAAGGCUGACGGUUGUGGACGAGCGCCUCGACCAGAUGGAGGCUCAGAUGGGAGUCACUAGUGCUCUCAUCGAGCGAGAGCGGGAUUGAAGCCGCCGGAUGAUGGAGUACCAGGAGCACCUGCUCUAGUCCUGUCAUCCUCCAGAGGAGCACCACUAGACCACCUGGUGGGACCACUCACCACCACCACCACCACCGACUGAUGGGGUCGACGACCUCAUGGACCAGAUCGACUUCACCGGGCUCGAGUAGGCUGUACUCGUGGCCCAGUUUUGUGUUGUUUUCAUUCUGUCAAAGUGCAAACUGUCUUGUGUGUUGGUUUAUUUUAUUUUCUUUCUUUUUAUUUUGGAUGAUGUACUAUUGGGCUGACCAUUGGACCUAACGUAUUGUGUUUGAGUUCUUCUGUUCCCUUUAGCUGUGCUUUGUUCCUGACUGGUCCCCUCUCCAGUCCGCUUCACUCAGACUGGUCCGCUUCCAGUCUCAUGCAGUCCAUGCAUACCGAUAACAUCGUUCCCCUUAUCCUUCCCUCUUCUCCAUUAAGGGAAAUGUCGAUCUUAAGUGUGGGGGGAUGUUUCUCUUUUGACUGCAUUAGAUCUGUUUGUGUGCUUGGAGCCUAGUCCACUGUCCAAAUUUUUAAAUUUGAGGGCUCCAAGUACGUGUUUCCUUGCAAAUUUCCUGCUCAGUAUGCUUUGAAUUGACAGUCUCUAUAGUAAUGUGCAACCUAGGGAGGUAGGAUAGCACUAUGGAGGAUGUUGAAGUAUAAGAUUUUUCCUAUCUAGCUCUCUGCUGUGCCAGUUGAUUUUGUGAAUUAGUGGAGCUAAGACCGUUGAAUUCAUGUGGUAAUGGUGACUCUGUUUGGACUAUGUUAUGGACUCGUGUAUCGAACAGGGUGCUCAUGUGAAAAAUGAAAAGCAGUUGGUCCUCCAUGUCAAAAAUCAUUAAAUCUUAAACAUGGGGUAAGCCCAACGUGUGUGGCACCGUUCAUUGCACAAAAUCAGGUUUUGGAAGAGAUUUUAGUGAUCCUUAGUGGGGUACUCCUACAAGGGGAAGCUAAGCUGUCUCUAGUACAAGUAAAACUUCCACCUGUUGAACAGUUUGCCUACUUGAGGAUGUGUUUUUAAGGGCACGGAUAGAGCUUCCGACCCCCUUAAUUUCAUUGACCCUCCACACGAGUUGAGGAAAAGGAGUUAAAAGAAGUACUCUGGCGAGCGCCAGAUGUACAGAAAUUGCUCUUGCUCGACUAAUAAGGGCCGACUUUGCAAAAGACUGCAGUUGGAACCCCCGCUAAAUGAAUGAAAAAGAAAAAAAAAUAGUAAGCUGCUUUAUCCAUGAACUGACCGUCUUACUUCUACUUCUUCUCAUGAUCCUCGCUUGAGUUUAGUACUCGCAUUGAGAGAGAUAGGGGACAUCUUAGAAGACCAGUUGACCUCGUAAGCUGCUUUAUGAUCUAGAAAAUCCUCUACCGACGAUCGGGGUUGUUUGUUGCUAUAGAGGUCUGGAGAGUUGCAUCGGUUUGAGUUAGGUUUGCUUUGGGAUAAGCAAACGGUUAAGUGUGGGGGAGUGUGAUAGACCAUUGAUUACACAUGUUUUUACCCCUAUUCUUGAGCCAUUUGAGAUGUUGAUUCUCGUGUUUUAAGCUGAUUUCACGCUAGGUUGUGCGUUUAUGUCAUUUUUCAGGGCUUAGCGUUGGCAUCGAGGCGAAGAAACGAGUUUCGGGUCGAAAGGAGCACGUUUGGGGUGAAGUGUGCUGGAGGAGCAAAAUACCCGGCCAUGAGCAGAAAUACCCGACCUGGUAUUAUUUGGAGCAGACCGGGGAUUUUAUGUUUCGGGCGUCUAUGGGAAGCAGAAGGGGGCCCGGGUAGUAAGCAGAAAUCCCCGGUCGGGGAUUCUUGGGCUUGGCCGGGGAUUUUCCCCUGUUCCCCGACGGUGCGUUUUGAUAAUACCCGAUCGGUACCCAAAAUACUCGACCCGGUAUUCAGGCCGGGGAUCACGACAGACAGCUUCUUAAGGGAAAAUAAGGGCAAAAGUGAAGG